AUGGCCAUGGAUGUGCACGGCUGUCCAUCUUCCAAGCCAGAGAAGAACACCAAAAUCUUGAACACUACCUAUCACGCACCUCACACCGUCAACAUUACUAGCGGUCAGCAGAACAUCUACAACAGCCAUGGUUUUUGCGAAGUCGAUGCAACAGUCCCAUACGGCAGAAAUUCCACCUUACACUUUUCAGUCUACUUGCCAGAUGCAUUACCCUACAAUGGCCGCUUCAUGGCCGUCGGUAAUGGUGGAAUGGCCGGAGUCUUGGAUAAGACAGCCUUGAUGCAGCAGCUGAACUCUGGGUUUGCGUCUGCCGCUGGAGAUGCUGGUCAUCUGGCUAGUUUGAACAACGAUGGCUCGGGAGCCCCUGAUACGUAUAUACCUUACCUACACAAUCCCGAGGAAGUCCAAGCUUGGAUUCACGAUGCCAUCGCUCUCUUUGUACCAUCUUCCAAGGAUUUGAUCGAAGCUUAUUACUACAAAACUGCAGCCUACAGCUACUACAGCGGCUGCUCUACAGGAGGAGCUCAAGGUUUUGCUUUGGCACAAUAUCACCCAGAACUUUUUGACGGCAUUAUCGCUGGCUGUCCUGGCAACUGGUACUCUCAUCUGGCUCUUUCCUUUCUCUGGAACGCGCAACACGCCGUAGAAAACACAUCGGCGUACCUUCCACAGACCGUACUGAAUUUCACCGGUCAAGCAGUGUUGGAAGCUUGUGAUGCCCAAGAUGGCGUCAAAGAUGGGGUGAUUGGGCAUCCACUUAAGUGUAACUUUUCGAUCGAUUCUCUGGCUUGCAACGCUACCCAAAUACCACGCAACAACAACACUGUCACUUGCCUCACUCCGGAUCAGAUUGUCGCGGCAAAAGCAAUUUACGCUGGACCGAAAGAUUCCGACACAGGGGAAGUACUCUAUCCCGGGUUCGCACACGGCUCGGAGAUCCAAUGGAUCUUACAGGAGGGCUCACUCUCCCAUGAUUUCUCAGUUCCGAUCCUCCAGAAUUUGGUCUACGGUAACCUCAGUUAUAACGCCUCAGCCUUCAAUUGGACAAGCGAUGUAGCAGAUGUGGAUACAAAUGCUGGAGCUUUCAUUGAUGCAAUCAGUGCGAACCUCACUGCUUUCCGCGAUCGAGGCGGCAGAUUGCUCGUCUAUCAAGGCUGGGCUGACCCCUUCAAUGCCCAGACAUGGCCGAUUCAACACUACGAGGAUGUUCAAUCUUUCUUCGACGACGAUAUUUCGGACUUCUACAACGUUUUCAUGAUACCUGGCGGUGGACACUGUGGUGCUGCAUCGUUCUACCCUCAAGUGCCCGCGACAUAUCACACAGUACCUGCGUUAAUGGAUUGGGUUGAGAGAGGAGAGAAGCCUGAGGAAGUGUUAACUACAAAACCCACAAACGGAGAGACAAGAAGCAGAAAGCUUUGCGCUUGGCCAAAGGCUGCGAUUUAUGUGCAAGGAAAUACCGACGAUUGGAAAUCAUACGUUUGCGAGUAG